GUAAAGAAGACCAAGGCGUAGAAGCAGUAGUGGAUCUCCAGACCAGUGACGUUCACAUUCAGUAAGGAACGACCAACCCGUGGAUCUCCAGACCAGUGACGUUCACAUGCAGUAAGGAACGACCAACCAGUGGAUCUCCAGACCAGUGACGUUCACAUGCAGUAAGGAACGACUAACCAGUGGAUCUCCAGUCCAGUGACGUUCACAUGCAGUAAGGAACGACCAACCAGUGGAUCUCCAGACCAGUGACGUUCACAUGCAGUAAGGAACGACCAACCAGUGGAUCUCCAGACCAGUGACGUCCCCAUACAGUAAGGAACGACCAACCAGUGGAUCUCCAGACCCGUGACGUCCCCAUACAGUAAGGAACGACCAACCAGUGGAUCUCCAGACCAGUGACGUCCCCAUACAGUAAGGAACGACCAACCAGUGGAUCUCCAGACCAGUGACGUCCCCAUACAGUAAGGAACGACCAACCGUGCAGCAGAAGCUUCAGUAACAUCACUACAGUACAGCACAAUGAGACCAGUCAUCACUGCCGCAGCUGUGAUUAUCAUAGCAGUGUGUGUCAACACCCAGACUCAGACAUGGUGCAGAGAUGAAGGUGGGAAGUGUGUUGCCGUGGCUGGGAGAUCCUGCCGGAUGCUGCAGCACAACACCUGCCCGGAUGGAGCUGUCUGCUGUGCUAGAAGAUCAAGGAAGACAAAGAAGAAUUCAGGGAGAAGAUGCAAGACGUCAGGCAAGUGCAGGAGGAAGCUUGGUACAUGUGUGAGUCGCCAUGCAGGUGUGUGUGACUCCAAGACCAAGGACAGGUGGUGUAAGGGACGGAGCUGCACCUGCUGUCUCCCAACUUACCUCAACAUGCAAGUCUUCCUCUUUGGAUUCCUCCACUCUUCUAACUACACAAGCGCCCAGGCCCUUGCUUUCGCACUGGGCUCUCAACAGAUAUCACGAUGGUAA